AAACAUGUGAGAGAAUCUCUUUGAAUUGGUUAAUUGUUUUGUUUUGUUUUCGUCCAUUUGAUUGUUAAUUAUUAUUGGAAUAAAAAUGGAUUUUAUUGAUUCUCUUAGUGUAACAGAUUAUCAAAGUAAACGAGUUAAAAGUUUCCUUACCAAUUUGGCGGAAGCCAUUAACUCAAUUCCGACGUCCGAGUUAAUCUGUUUGAAUGAUAUGUUUGAUUGGUGUAAAAAUAAUUCAUCUUGUUCACCAAUUCUUGAGAAACCAUGGAAAGUUGAUGGAAAUUUUCAAUUUAUUCCACCUGAGAAAAUAUCUCUCGUUGGUUCUUAUUGUUACAAGACAACUUUGAACAGUAAACCAACCGUGGAUAUUGUAUUAAGAUUGCCAGAGGAAUUUUGGAAUUCAAAAGAUCAUCUUAAUCAACGUUACCUCAGGAAAAGAGCUUAUUACAUGACAUGGAUUGGUAUUCACCUGAGAGACAAUCGACCUGAUCUCGUAAGAUCGGUCAAAUUUACCUACGAUGGACAUCCGAUGAGACCUGUUAUCCUGAUAAAGUCUAAAAGUGAAAAGUUAGAUUUCAAGUUUAGAUUGUUGCCCGUAAUUAAGAAACCAUUCAAUCCGAACAGAUUUCUACCUGUUAAGAAUAACAUUCGACCUCAGUGGUAUUACAAUUUACCUGAGAAUGAGAAAGAUAAUUCUAAAUAUGAGGCAACACCAUUCUACAAUUCAUUGAUCACUCAUGAUCUUAAUCUGAUCGCUAAUCACAAUUUACUUGUGAAAAAUAUCGAUUCAGAAGAUUACAGAAAAUGUGUCAUUCUAAUUAAAUCCUGGUGUCUUCGUAAAGGUUAUUCUAAUCUAUUUGAAUUUCCAUUGACCCUGUUCAUGGUCUACCUGAGGAAAAAAUCAAUAUUGACUGAGAAAAUGAACUUUAUUCAACUUUUCCGUAAAACUCUUCUUGAAUUCUCUGAAUCCAAGUGGUCAGAGGAUCCAAUUUACUUCGGGGAUGAAAAACCUUCCAGUUUGGAUGAUUUCAAAAACGCUUUCGAUGUGGUUUUUCUUGAAAAUUCUGGAAUUUACAAUAUCUGCUAUUCGAUUACGAAAGAUGUUUAUUUUGGUGCUAAACUCGAAGCAGCCACAACACUGGAGAAAUUAGAUUCCGACCAUGGUAGCUCCAUAAUCCAAGCGUUACAGCCUACAUUUUUCAACGAAAGAUUUGAUAUAAUAAUCAGCAUAAAUGGUGAAUGUAUCAAAAAAACUUGUCUCGCAAUCGAAUCAAAUCAAAAGGUUAUUUUAGAUCAUUGUGGUCAAAUGUCACCAUUUUUCAUUAAUCAAGUGAUUACUCUGUUGACUCGAGGCCUUGGUGAUCGUGUUGAACUAAUUCAACAUGAAUAUCGUAAUUAUGGUGCAAUGAAAUGGUCACUCGAUGAAAAAAGACCUUCAAUAUCAAAGACUUUUAAAAACAUCAACAUUGGAUUGAUUCUUGAUCCAACUCAUAUGUUGGAAACUAUCAUUAGAGGUCCAUCAGCUGAUCAGCAAGUUGCCGAUGAGUUUAAAAAGUUUUGGGGUGACAAAUCUGAAUUACGAAGAUUCCAAGAAGGAGCAAUUUGUGAAACUGUCUAUUGGGAGUCAAAAACUGUCGCUGAUAGAAGGGCAAUUAUUGGUAAAAUUAUCAAAUGGGUUCUCAACAAACAUCUAGAGAUUAGCAGAAAAUUUGUAUUGGUUUCGGGCUCACAACUAGAUUCGUUUCUUUGGACUUCGAAAGUGUCUACUCCUGAUUAUGGUACAGGCGAAGAGGCCAAUCGGCAAAUUGUUACUAAUUUCGAAAGCCUCUCAAAGAAGCUGAGAGCGCUCAAAGAUUUACCAUUGAGUUUAUCCUCGAUUCAAGGAAUUUCACCAGCUUUUCGUGGAUCAGAAGUUUUUCCAUGUGAAAUUGUCCCUCCCAAUUACGAUGAAACAUCCUAUGGAAUCAAAGAAAACUGUGUCACCUUUUUGAAAAACACCGAAAAGACAAGUCUCAAACACAUUGAACCAGUAAAUGUUAUCGUUCAUUUGGAGACAAGCGGUAAAUGGCCAUCAGAUUUAGAAGCAUUGAAACGAGUCAAAGCUGCUUUCAUCAUUGAAUUGAGUGAAGCGAUUAAAACUCAAUUUGGUUUAUUGUGUAAACCUCAGAAACGUUACCUUGAUAUUUGGCAUGAAUCUAUGGUUUUCCGCAUUAACUUUGCUUGUGCAAAAGAGGUUCAUUUAAUGCGACACACGAUGACACCGGAAGGAAUGAUUAAAACCAUCGAAUCACCUGAAGCCGAUGAAUUAACAAAAUUUCACAUCAGCUUACCAAUUGUAACAAGUUCUUUGCACAGUGUGAAUACAAGAUUUACCACUUUCAGUGCCGUUGUCAGAUUAGCUAAAUGCUGGAUUUCGAGGCAUUUAUUAUGGGAUAAUAUUGAUGAAAUUGCAAUCGAACUGAUCAUUGCCUAUCUCUAUCUUCAUCCAUUCCCAUAUUCACCUCCCAUGUCUCCAUUAUCGGGAUUCAUUAGAUUCCUCCGUUUGUUAAUCUCAUAUCCAUGGGCUCGAAAACCAUUGAUUAUAAAUUUCAACGAUGAAUUAAAACUAGAAGAUAUCCAGGAAAUAGAAACUUAUUUCAAAGAGAAUCGUGGUCAACUUCCGCCGAUAUUUAUCUCCACUCCAUUUGAUAAAACUAAAUCGUUAUGGACAAAAGCAAAACCCACACCACCGAUCAUGCAAAGAUUAAAUUUCUUAGCCAAUAAGUGUUACGAUUAUAUUCAAAAGUGUACUGGUGAUUUAGUGAAAGCUGAUUUCCUGCCACUGUUUCAAACAUCAACUGAAAUCUACAACUUGACAAUUCAUUUGGAUAAAAAUCAUAUUCCUAAUUUUAACCUGAAUUUGAACUUCACUCGACACAAUAUGAUCUCCAAUAAGCAGAAAUUGUCUUUCCAAAGGAGAAAAGAACAACGAAAAAUGGAAAAUUUUCCCAUUGUCGAUUACAAUCCAGUCCAAUUUUUCCUAAAUGAAUUAAGAAGGCACUUCGGUGAUUAUGCUCUUUUCUUUUACGAUCGAUUUGGUGGAUCAAGAAUCUAUUUAAUUUGGAAACCUCAUACUUUCGAUAAUAAACCAAUGUACUUGGCCAAUGCUAAAGAUUGUAAAUUGACAGAGACAACAAAUAAAUCAGGAAAACCACUGGUCGUUUUCAAUGCGGAAGCGAUGAUGGAGGAUUUGUACAUUUUCGGGGACGGACUGGUAACAUCAAUCGAUGCCAACGUAUCUAAAUGGGAAUAAAAUGAACGAUUGACUUAGACAAACAAAAAUUUGGAUUAAAAGUUUUUUAAUUCACUUUUAUUGUAGCAAAUUAUGUGAAUAAUUUAAUCAAACAAAAAGUAAAUCAUUUUGGCUUGAGAUUUGAGAUCAGAUUGAAAUACAAGGCGAAACAAUAUUUUUUUCUUGUUUUGUGCACAAAGAUCAAUCUCCUAUUAUGAUUAUCAUUUAAUGAUAAUAAAUAUCAAUUGAAAAAUAA